AUGGCAGAGGCCACAGCUGGUGCCUACUACAGUGGGCCAUUGCAGUUGAUCCAAAUCGAUGAGGAUGGGAAGUGUCAUUUGCAAGAGAAUGCUGUGGCGAUCCUGAAUCAGAUUCCUGGACGACUGGCAGUGGUGGGCAUUGCCGGCUUGUAUCGAACUGGAAAGUCCUUCCUUUUGAAUCGGCUGUUGGGUCUGCAGGAUGGCUUUGAGAUUGGCCCCAGCGUGAAUCCUUGCACCAAGGGUCUUUGGAUCUGGGGCCAACCAGUACAGUUGGCGCCGGACUACUAUUGCAUCCUCAUUGAUACGGAGGGCUUGGGCUCAACACAGCGAAGUGCCAGCUGUGACAUGCAAAUUCUGUCGCUCUGCAUCUUGCUGUCGUCCUAUUUUAUCUACAACUCCAUUGGUGCUAUCGAUGAACAGGCCAUCGACGAGCUUCACCUGGUCCUGAACCUUGCAACACAUAUCCAUGUGAAGAGCAGAAGGAAAAAUGAGGAAGAGAAACGCGCUGAUCUCUCGCAAUACUUCCCCAUCUUUCUGUGGGUGCUUCGUGACUUUCACCUCACCUUGCAAGAUGAAGAAGGUGCAGCAAUCACUGAAAAGGAAUACCUGGAGAGAGCUCUAAGGCUUGUACCUGGCCAGGAGGAGAAGAACCAGCUGAGGGAGGUGAUCAAAGAGCUUUUUCGCGAACGGGACUGCGUGACCAUCGUUCGGCCUGUGGCGGAUGAAGCGGAGCUGAGGAACAUUCAGAACGUGGAGUAUGAAAAGCUGCGGCCGCAGUUUCGCACUCAAGUGGAGGCCUUUGUAAAGAAGGUCUACACCAAUCUGAAGCCCAAGAAGAUUGAUGGAGCCGUUGUUUCCGGAAGUAUGUUUGUGGACCUUGCUGCGGAGUACUGUAAAGCCAUCAACAGCAGUGUGGUGCCAACCAUCCACACCGCUUGGGCCUCCGCCAUCCAGCACCAACUACGCUUGAGCCUGCGAGACGCCGUGCAAGCCUACCGCACCAAGAUGAACGAGCACGCCAUGCAGCACCUGCCGAUGUCUGAGGACAAGCUCCGUGACCUGCAUAAGGUGGCCAAGGCUGAGGCCCUGAAGAUUCUGCUCGCCACCAAGUUGGACAGCGACCCCAGGUUUCGAGAGAGCCGGAGUCAAUUUGCAACCAGGGUGAAGCAGCUGUUUGAGCAUGUGAGGAUGGAGAACUCAAACGUUUCACAGCGUCAAUGUGACAAAAUUGCAAGGGAGCUGUUCAAGUCCAUUGAGCAGAAGUUGCAGGCCAAGGGUACGUACCAGGGCUUCAACGACCUUCUGUCUGAUUGGGAGCAGUUGAAGCAGCUCUAUCUCCAAAAAUCAGCUGGGCCUUCCAAGUUGGAGGUGCUCAGUGGCUGGUUGAAUCAGCAGCUACUGCAGGCAGCGCAACGGCUCUGGGAGGAAUUCGAACUGGCCAUGGAGGAGCGGAAGAGCCAACUGCGGCAGCAGCUGGCAGAGAGUGAGGCGCGCAUGUUGCAGGUUAAGGCACCAGAUGAAGCACAGAGGCAAUGGCUCUCCGAGCGCUUGGACCUGGAGAGGCGUUUGGACGAAGCAAAGAGGAAUGCUGAGUCUGUCUCCCAAAAAGCUGCGCGAGAGAAAGCCCAACUGCUGGAUUCAGAGCGAACGCUUCGGGAGCAGAUGAAGAUCAUGCAGGACAGGUUGAACUCUGAGCGUCGGGUCCCAGCACUGGAGACAACUCCCAGCAUGGCUAGCACAACCAACUCGGAGAUUCAAAACCUCAAGGACUCAGUGGUGGCCAUGGUGUCGGAGCUGCGAAGUAAGGAGCUGCAGAGGAACCAGAUGCAGUUGCAAGUGGAGCAUGACAAGCAGAUGAUGUCCUUGGAGCGCCGCUUCCAAAAGCAACUGCAAGAAGCCAGGUCCAGGAGCGAGCAGCUUCUAGAGAAGCUACGGCAGAGUUAUGAUGCGGAAGUGGACACCCUGAAGCGCUCGCAAUCGGAGCUGCGGGAUCAAAACAAGGACUUGGAGCACAAGUUGAGCUAUGCGCAGCAGGAAUCCAAGUUGCUCAACCGACAUCUCCAUGAAUCGGAGGAAGCGCGCCGCAUUCAACAACGGCAGGUGGAAGUGGCACAGCAACAGUCGCAGCUUCUCCUUGGGGCCCUGGAGAGAUUGGGUGCAGGCAAAGAUUCUGACGAGAAGGAGCUACUGACUGCAGAGGACUUUCUGAUUUGGUCCAAGUGCCAGAAGAACUGA